AAACCUUUUGAUGACAUUACCGUCGUCGUAGUCGAAACAUGUUACAUAAACCGUGUAGUUAAUUUACGCGUCUAGGAACCGUGUUCGUCUUUGUCUCCUUUGUAUCCAGUCGGACAUUUUAGCUCUGGAACCCGGAAGUGGUGUCGGUGUGUGUCACUAUUUUGAUGCCCCCUCGCUGUUUUUGUUUUGGUUUUGGUCGGUCCAAAACAAAAUGAAGGCGGGCAACACGGCAGCCGCCGUGAGCUUGGAGGCGCUCCUCCGCGCGGGGGUCUCGGAGGACGCCGAUCACCGGGACGACGGCGUGUGCGUGGUCGGAAUCUUCGGCAAAAGCAACAUGCAGCUGGGCGCCCUCAAAGAGUCGCUCGUCAACAUCCUGGCGGACAAACACGUCUUCUCCGCGUUCGGCGGAGCGGACGACGGGGGCAGCGGAUGCGGCGGCAUCCAGGCGCUGUACAACCCGGACAACCGCGUCUUGUAUCUGCUGCUCACCUCCGUGUGCGACGGCCGCCAGCUGCUGCUGCGGGCUUGCCGAUCCGCGAGCGCGGGCGGCGGCCACGCCGAAGCGCACGACUUCUGGAAGGGCCUGGAGCGGCAGCACUGCCUCGGCCUGCUCUACUUAUUCUCCGUAUGUCACGUCCUGCUGCUCGUCCACCCCAACCACACGUUCGACGUCACCUACGACCGGCUCUUCCGAGCCCUGGACGCCCUGAGGCAGAAGGCGCUGCCCCUCCUCCGGGCCGCCGUCAAGGACUGCCCGGUGUCCAAGGAGUGGAAGGUCAACUGCAGGCCGUGCCCGCCUCGGCUCCUCUUCGUCUUCCAGAUGAGCGGAACGCUCAAGGUGCCCAACGGCUCCGAGGCGAGCAUCCACCCGGACAAGCCCAAAAAGCACUCGCCCCGGCGGCGCCUGCAACACGCUCUGGAGGACCAAAUCUACCGCAUCUUCCGCAAAAGUCGCGUGCUGACCAACCAGAGCGGCAACUGCCUGUUCACCGUGCCCGCCAACCAGGCCUUCGUCUACGUGCUGCCCGCCUCGGACGAGGACCCCGCCGGCGCCUUGCUGAGCCAGCUGCGCUCCAAUUGCAUCCUGUGCGAGCAGGACUCGGGCGCGCUGGUGUCGGGCCCUCGCCGCUACCAACAGACGCGGCGCUCGGCCCGGCAGGGCGCGGCGGAGCAGUCGGGCGCCGCGGGGGGCGCCGCGGCGCCGGCCGACUGCAGCUUGAAGGAGUUUCUGUGGCAGCACGUGGAGCUGGUUCUGACCAAAAAGGGUUUCGACGACAGCGUGGGACGGAACCCGCAACCGUGCCACUUUGAGCUGCCAUCCUACUCCAAGUGGGCACAGGUGGCGCUAAAGCUCCACCGGGCGCUGGCGGGCGGCGACGACGACGGCAACGACGACGACGCGGCCGAGCUGGCGGCCAAGGUUCAGGUCCAGCUGAAGGUGCUGGACGGGUUUCUGGAUGCCGACGCCAAGUUCUCGGAGAACCGCUGCCAGAAGGCGCUGCCUGUGGCCCACAGCGCCUACCAGGCCAACCUGCCGCACAACUACACCACGGCGGUGCACAAGAACCAGCUGGCGCAGGCGCUGCGCGUCUACAGUCAGCACGCGCGCGGCGUGGCCUUCCAGCGCUACGCCCUGCAGCUCCACGAGGACUGCUACAAGUUCUGGAGCAACGGGCACCAGCUGUGCGAGGAGCGCAGCCUCUCCGACCAGCACUGCGUUCACAAGUUUCACCUUCUGCCGCAACCGGGAGAGCCAACCGACAUGGAUCACAACCCGCCCAUUCUCAACCACAACAGUAGGGGGCGCUCCACCGGCUCCUGCAACUGCGGAAGGAAGCAGGCUCCCCGCGAGGACCCCUUUGACGUCCAGGCGGCAAACUUCGAGUUUUACCAGGCCCUGGAGGAGAAAUGCUGCGGGAAGCUGGAGCGGAUCGACUUCCCGAUCUUCCAGCCGAGCACCCCCGACCCGGCCCCCGCCAGCAACCGGGCGCAGCGUCCGCCGUGCGAGGCCGACGCCGAUCGCCUGAAGGAGCCCGGCGCCGCCCACAGCCACACGCCCGGCGACACCAGCCUGAGCCUGGCGCUCAGCCUGGGCCAGUCCACCGACAGCUCGGGCCCUUACGCGGACUCGGCCGCCGCCGCCGGCGCCCCCCCGGACGGCCAAGUCCAGCAGAAGCGUCCCAGCCUGGCCGACCGCCAGCCCUCCACCGUGGAGUACCUCCCGGGAAUGAUGCACUCGGGCUGCCCCAAAGGCCUCCUGCCGAAAUUCUCCAGCUGGUCGCUGGUCAAACUGGGUCCGGCCAAGUCGUACAACUGCCACAAGGGGCUGGAGCAGCCCGGCUUCCUCCCCGGCGCCUCCUUCCUGCUGCCGUGGGACUUGGUGAUCCGCUCCCGCUGCGAGGACGACCCGGCCGAGCCUCUGGACGGGGGCGCGUCCUCCUGGCCGGCUCCCAACAAAAUGCCGGCGGGAAAGCGGGGGGGCGCGGGCGGGCCCGGGCGCGGCCGGCGGCGGGACGACACGGCGCGGGCCUACGUGGGCUUCGAGUACGAGGACGGCCGAGGGCGGCGCUUCAUCGGCUCGGGGCCCGACAAGAUCGUCAAGGCGCUGGGACCGGCCGGCGCCAAGGAGCCCGCCGGCAGGGUGCUCAACGGCGACAUGCCGCUGUACGUGCCGUCGCCCUCGCAGGGGCGGGGGGUCAAGCCGCACUUUGCUCAGCUGAUGCGGCUUUUCGUCGUGGUGCCCGACGCUCCGCUGGAGGUCACCCUCAACCCGCAGGUGCAGCCCGGUCCGCCGCCCUGCCCCGUGUUCCAUCCCGAGCAGACGGACGUGGUCUUGCCAGCCGACGGCCUUUGGGUGCUGCGCUUUCCGUACGCGUACGCCACCGAGAUGGGCCCCUGCUACCCCCCCAAGGAGAACCAGCCCCUCGCCCACUACAAAGUGCUGCGCGGAAUCCUGCGAGCCGCCGCCAACGCGCAACCUCAAGAAGCCCUCCGCUAAUGCGCAAUGUCGCAAACGGCCGCGCGAGGGCGCCAAUGGUAUCAGUAUUCCCCAAUCGCCGACCGGAAAUGCUCUUGAACGUUAACCGUUUCUUGAUCGCCAAUCAAUCGGUUUCGAAUGAACAUGAACCGGGAAUGUAUUUCGCCGAGUCUUCUGUGUAUAUUUAUAACCUCGGCAAGUAUCUGAUUGUGACAUGGAUCGCUUUAGAGUUGGAAAUGACACACGGGAGUUAAUUAAAACUUUUUUUUUUGGGGGGGGGGGCUAUUCCAUGAAAAGUGGUUGCCAUUUUGAAAUGCACACUUCAAGAUUAAAUGCAAAUAAAUUGAGUUGAACUGUA